AUGUCCACAGCACUUGUGAGUCGUCCUCCUUCCCAGACAGCUUCAUUUCAUGCACCUCAUCAGAAUAGAUGCUCGUUCUCUUCAUCAAGUUCUGAAUCAAUCCCUCCGCUAACCAAAGGAAAACCUUCUUCUGAGUUUGAAGAACUCGAACAGCGGAUUGAAAAAGCUUUGAAAGAACGGGACAAUGAAUGGAGGAAGCACGAGAAAGCGCAAAUUCAAUUUCUUCAAAACGAGACAUCAAACAUGUUGAAAUCAUUGCAUAACGAAAUAAACCGACUUGGUAAUGAGUUGAGAGAAGUGAAAAGAAGAAGCGCUGCAGGCAACGAUGAUAAAUCUGAGGAAAAGAUAGCUGAACUGGAGAAAAUAAUUCAGGAGAAAGAAGGAUAUACAAAGAAUCUUGAGAAGAAAGUCACGUCUACCAUCCAAAAGUUACAGGAGCAGAUAACUAUUCAGAGUGACCGUAUUCGUCAAUUAAACGAAGAGCUCAACGACCGUAACCAAACAGUAACACAUCUUUCCCAACAACUUCGUGCUAUUAAACUACGCGAGGCCAUGGCUACAUCAACACAUCGCCGUCGUGCUUCGUCUCAACUAAACUCUACAUCACCGCCUGUCACCUCCCCGUCAUCCCCUCAUCGUAUUUUUCCGCCUGUAUCCAGUGGACUAUUAUCGGCUUCUGUAGCUGUUACUUAUCCAGGAGGAAGUCGAUUGAACAUUCAGAAAAGAUCAAACUCCGCAAUGCGAGCACCGACUAUGCCCAAUUAG